AUGAACAAAGUAGGUCUCUUUCGUCUUACAAGACAGGCUGCAUUCUCAUUCAAGAGAACUCAACCUAGUAUAACGGUUGCUUGGAAACCACAAAAGUUACAAAUCACUCUUGUAACAUCUAAAGGACUCUAUUCUACGGUACCAACGAAAAAAGAUGAUAAAGACCAGCCUCAGCUUACUCUAAGGCAACAAAAAGAUAUUCAAAUCUCCAAAAAUAUUAUCCAAUCACAGGUAAAUCAGCAUAUUCCAGGUGAGACCGAUCAAACCAACACGGUUCUGAGCAGAAUCCCAAAAUUCCCAUUUAGUAAAGAUGCCGUCCCAGUAUUGAUCCCACGACCAGGAGUUCCUAAUCCAGGAUCAAGCCUCAUGUCAAUGGCAAAGAAAUUGAAAUCAUCAACUGAACCAGAGCUCAUUUAUGAAGCGGAAUCUCACCGUUUGUAUUUUGUUUUUUGUGGGGCAUUUGCCUUGGUAGCCAUCAUUUAUGGUUUGAUUUUCUUAGAAUCUGCCACUAAUUCUGCCUGGAAAAUUUAUUCCACCAAUGAACAAGAUUUGCCAGAAAUGCACAAUUUGGUGAUGUUCAUUUCGAGAAACUUUGUGACCCUUUUGGUCUUUGCUUUUCCAAUUGGGUUAGCCGCGAUGUUCCUUACAGUUCCUGCCAGAUUGAUCAGAAGAAUGUGGUACAUUCCAAUCCGUGGCAACGAAUUGAAGAAUAAUCCUGUUGAAAUGGUCAAGUUCACCAGCCAUCCAAUCUUCCCAGGGAGACCAACCCCAAUUCAUACCAUGCCUCUCUCUAUGUUGAAUAGAAGUUAUAAGACGAAGAUUUUCACAAAUGAAGGUUUUUACUUGACCGCUGAUAAGGGAUCAUUUUUGUUUUUAUUAAAAGAAGGCAAUAAAAGAAUUCCUUGGAUUGCCGAUAGAAAAGGUUUCUUCUGGGGUGAUGGAAGAUUAUUUGAUCAUUUAUUUGGUAAGGAAAGUAUCGAAGAAGCUGAUUUGGGGAUUUCUUAUGAUGACAAAGUCGGUGCAAUUAAUGAGCGUGUUAGACAAGAACUGAAGAGAUUAAGAGCGGAAGAAGGGGUUGCUUGGCAGUUCAAAGAACAAGGGAAGUUGAUGAGAGAUGACCUCAAAUCUCUUGUCAAUAUUGUGAAGAAUAAUUCCAAAGUUAAAUCCAUUGGCGGCAGUCAAACUGUCUCUAGUGCCGUCUCCAAGAAGAACAAAGCCCAAAAAACCAGAAAGGGCAAGAAAUAA